UUUAGCUAUGGCUUCGAUGCUUAGGCGCUUCUCUAAGUUCAAUCAGGGGCGGACGUUUUUCAACAGGAAGGACGAGCUCGCGGCGCUGAAUGGGCGCCUUGUGGCCGCUGUAGGUGACUCGGGGGAUGUGGUUUCGGGAGGCAAUCUCGUUGUGAAGCAAGGUGAGGGUGAGUACCCUGGAGUAUCCUCCAUCGCUGACAUGCGCAAUACGGGCUCAGUUACUCUGAGGGGCGUUGCCCGAAUGUUCAAGUCCAGCUUUUUGCCCUCUGUCAAGGCGACUCUAUCUACCAAGCUGGAAAGCUGCGGUGUUCUUCAGGAGGUGCAGGGUCAACUGGAGCUCCAGAUGGACGAGGCGGACGACAUGGACAGCGUUCUUGCAGCUAUCAGGUCCUACGGUGUGUCUUGGAAUAGCCUGGUUCUGAAAGGCGGGGACUAUGCCAAGGCCUAUCCGACGUCGUUCUGGAUGAGGCGAACAGGUUGCACACUUGGGCCACAGAUCCAGGGACCAAGAAACAUCUCGACCAGCUGCUUGCCUUCUUUGUGAUGGUGACGAAGCAGGAGCGCAUCAUGAAUGUGGUGCUGGCGUCCUCGGAGAACUUCUUCAGGACUUGGCUUGAGGGCUACAUAGGCAGCCUCCGAGAAGACACUUUGAACAUAGGCGAUUUAAACGAAGCGGAAGCUCGCCAGUUCUUUGAGACGCGCCUACCAAGGGGUUUCGGUGGAGUGUCUGACGAGUUGUGGAAGGACAAUAUGGGUGGCCGGAUGGGCUUACUAUCCAGAGCUGCUCGGAGUGUUGAGUCAUGGGACACUGUGAAGGCCUCUCUUCUCUCAAGCUGCCGUUUGGAGGUACAGGUUGCUUGCUUUCCAGAGGACCUCCCUGCCAACAAGCCUAACAAGCCGUGCUGGACGAAGGACGAUUGGAAGACCGUAGUGUCCACCUUGGUGGAACACAAGAAUGGUAUUACGCCCUACAUGACUCUCUGCAACAAGCUUUCCAUGGGCAAGGUGAACAGUCUCAUCGAGUAUGACCUCCUGCAGUAUAGGACACUCACAGCGUGGGGUAACGACAUUGAAGGUAUCCCGGAGGAGGACUGGCCGCUUGUCAUGCCAUCGACAUCGCUUCACUUUCGAGCUAUGCAGGGGCUGGCCAAAACUUUGUAGUUUACAUCGGCGGCAGAUUCUGGUGUCUACUGACUGAUCUAUGCUGGUCGAUAAACUGGGCGAGGUCUCUUUUUUUUGUCUUCGGAAUAGGCAAUUAGGCUCUAUAAAACGGUAUAUAGAUUUUCAAUUUUGAAUAUUCAAACCUUAAAAUAGCUAUGAUUUAAAUCUAUGAGUAUUUUGUUUUGAA